UCUUUUUCUAAUUUCUUAUUUGUUUGGGAGUACAAAGGGAAAAUUCCCUGAAUUUUUUUUCCCUGGACCGACAAAGUAUUAGAAUGCUGCCAUUAAUGGAUGCGACAACCCUAUUGCCCACUGAACUAUGCACAUAACUGUCCCUCCUCGCUCUCUUUCAAUAAGUCAUCUCUUUUUUACUCUUCUUACUAUUUGUGGUUGCAGAAACAGUGAACCUUUGCAGUUUGCACCUCAUAUAAUGCUAGACUUACCCUCUCAGACUGCUUCACAUCUAUUCCCCUACCUCCCCUUUUUUCUUUCAUAGACUAGUUUGAUUUGCCUAUGAACUUUUCCUUUCUCUGGCAUCUCUUUGAGAUUAGGCUGAUUGAUCUCCCAUCGACCUACCAUUACCGGAUCAUCAUUUUCAUUCUUUCGAUUCCAUUCAACUUAUCUCUCUUUGCCUUUGCUAUAGCUUAGCUACUUCAAGUUUUCUCUCUUGCAUAAUGGAUUAUCAGCCAAAUACUUCUCUCCGUCAAAGCGUACCCAACAAUCAACUCAACCUAGAGCUUGUCCUUGAGCUAUCAUCUUCUUCUUCCUCAUCGCCCCAUAGUCCAGCUGAACCUCGAAUUUUCUCUUGUAACUAUUGCCAAAGAAAGUUCUAUAGUUCACAAGCACUUGGAGGCCACCAAAAUGCCCAUAAACUAGAAAGAACUCUUGCCAGGAAAAGCAGAGAGCAAAGCUCGGCUGUGUGUACUUAUGGUGGAUCGAAUUCCCACUCAGGAUACAGUCUCAGUGGUUCCAGCCAUGCUCAACGUAUGCAGUCAACAAUCGUGCCGUUUGAACAACAAGGUCAAGCUGCUUGGUUUGCCGGAGAAAUGGGCUAUGGAAGGAGAGACAUGAACUAUGGUUCUAGAGAAGGGAAUGGUUCUUGGUCCAAGGGAUACAGGCCUGAAAAUGUUGAGGAGGAGUUUAGCCAGGUUGACUUAUCUUUAAGGCUUUGAAAUUGAACUUCUAUUUGAAAUUAUUUUUUCAUUUUAUUUUUUGCGAUACGCUUAUAUCUUUGAAAUGAAAACUUAUUAGUGUGAAGCAUGGGGAAGUAUUUAUUAGAAAAAAUUAUAAGGCUGAUUUUUUUUUCUUUGUGACAUUUUAUUUUACUACAACCAAGAACGAGUAGAAAAAGGCUUGUAUUCCAUUGGGACAACUCACACGAUCUUCUUUUACCUAUGUUAUAAUGUCAAGUUUAAAGGAUUUUUAAGGGUAUAUCCAAGUAUGUAGUGUAAUAGGAGGUGCAUGUAUCUAAUUGCUUUAAAGAUAAAUUCAAAUUCCACUUGAAGAAAGAAGAAUUUUAACAGUUAACACUAUGUAUCAAUAGAUUAUAUGAACUCUUUUAAGUACAAACUACUUUCUAUCUCUUAAUUAUAACCUAAGCACUAAGACCUAGUUUGGAUGAAAAGAUCAUUACAAGAAGUCUUUUUUCUUUUCUUUCUUUUUUUUUUUUUAUCAUACU